CUCUUGGCCAGGGUCCUCCAUGGAGCUGCUCUCUGGAUCUCUCUUCCUGCUCCUUUGCGUCUGUGGCGUCUUAUUCCUGGGCUUGGCAUGGAAGGGCAAAGGCCGUCUGCCCCCUGGACCCACCCCGCUCCCCAUCCUGGGGAAUUUUCUCCAACUGGACCCAAAUAACAUGAUCAAGUCCCUGGAGAAGGUGAGUCUCCAUUUGCCUCCCUACCGAGCUGCAAGGUAAGCCAGGGGAGAUUGGAAGCCUAUGAUCAGCCCCCGGCCGGGGAUCCAUCUUUGUAGGAAUGCAAGAGCACCAGAAGAGACUUGCUGGAUCUGUCCAAAGGGAGUUCCUCUAGCUUACCACAGUGAACAGACAGGGGCCUUUGGGAAGCCCUCAGGCAGGUCCUGAAGGCAAUAGCCUCCCCACUAUUGUCUCCUAAAACCUGAUAUCCACAGGUCUGUUACAAGUGUAUGGACUCAGGUCUGGACUCAGAUGUUCUCAGCCAGUAUUCAUGCAAGCUCAUAUACCCACUGCUGAGAAAUUUAGGAUUUUUGCUGAUGUUACAAUCAGUGCCGGAUUUACGUAUAAGCUGAACAAGCUAUAGCUUAGGGCCCCACUCUCUUGGGGUGCCCAAAAAAUUUAAAGAAAAAACAACACCCGAUGUACAUUUCCAAAAUAUAAGAUAAAAAACAAAUAAAAUAAAACCUACAUACAGCAACAGUGUUUUGUGUUGUGUAGGCUCCUAUGAUGUAAGUAAUGGGCCCGGCCUGCUAGCCUGCUCCUAAAAUAUCACUGGUUUGCUCAUUUCUAUAUAUAGGGUGCCUACAUUCUGCGGGGACUGUUAUGUGCAAAUGGUUUUAGAUACCUAUUAGGUCCAUAAAUUGCCAUAUAGCAUAUAUUCAACUCAAAAAACAGCAACAACAAAGGACAGCUGAACAUUUAAAGGGCCCCAUUACCUUCAGUAGCUUAGGGCCUCAUCAAACCUAAAUCUGGUCCUGGUUACAAUGCACACUGGUCUUUGAAUGUGUGUUGACCCUUAAACUUAUGCCCACGAAGACUUCUCACACCAAAGGAAUACAGAAAACUUGGUUUGCUAUGUGAAAUAGAAAUGAUAGAAUAUAUAAAUGCUGCUUCACACACACACACACACACACACACACACACACAGACACAAAACCCUACAAUUUAAGCAGGCAGAAACUCUUACAAUACCCACACAUUUGAUCUGAAAGGUGAAAGAUUCCCCAUUUAAAUGUGGGCAGGGCAAUUUUGCCAUGAGCCCACACUAGAAGUGGGAGCAGGGGGAGGAAAGUAUACCUUAAAGCAAAGCAGAAGUGUGUUGAAUCCUGAGGAGCAUUGGCUAAGUGCCUCAUAGUAGGAAUGCCUUGGAGAGGAGCACUUCCUGUCUUUCCCCCAGAACUCCUGCCUGUUUCUCCCCUUGCCCAUCCUUGUGAGGCUCCCUUCCUGCCCGGUCCCCCCCUCACCUGUGCACACCUGUGCCAACCUGAGGGGGCAGGGAAAGGUUCCUUCAAAAGGGACUGACACUCUUCUCCCGGCAGCUGAGGGAGGCCCACGGCUCGGUCUUCACCGUCUACCUGGGGCUGCAGCGAGUCGUGGUCUUGUGUGGCUACAAGGCGGUGAAGGCAGCCCUGGUGGACCAGGCAGAGGACUUCAGCGGCAGAGGGCAGCUGCCAUCCUUCUCCAAGGAUUUCAACGAACACGGUGAGGGGGUCCAUCCUUGCGGGGAAAGGGGGCUUGGGGCGCAGCUCAGCCCAUUUCUCCAUCACUCUACUGACCUGUUGGAGGGCAUAGUACAUGGGUUUGAAAAUUAUUAUUUUGUGUGUGUGAAGGUAACCGUGAACGUUUAUUCCCCUUAGAGUGAAGGGCAGGUGAUUAAUAUUGAUAAUCAAUAAUCAUAUUUUUAUAUGUUAAGGUAAAGGUAGAGGGACCCCUGACCAUUAGGUCCAGUCGUGGCCGACUCUGGGGUUGCGGCGCUCAUCUCGCUUUAUUGGCCGAGGGAGCCGGCGUACAGCUUCUGUUUGUUUUUUUUUUUAUAAAUAUUUAUUAAGGUUUUCACAAUAGUACAAAAUGAAAAAAGAAAAAGAAGAAAAAAUACAAAAUAAAAAUAGUUAGAAACAAUUCAAUCUUUCUAUCACUUAUCUUUCAUUUGCUUGUUUCCCGGACUUCCUCAUACCUCCCUUUUUUGUAUUCCAGUUCAAUUUAUUAGUUCAGCAAUUCCUUUCCCUCCUUAAUUUAUCCUGAUCUUUAAUCUUAAUAUAUUAUAACAUUAAAUUUUUACCUGUUAAAAAUCCAUUUUUUCAUAUUCUUUUAUACCAUUACAGCUAGAAACCACUUAACUUCAAUCCAACAUCAUUCUAGCAUUCAUUAAUUUUGCAGUAUUUCUGUAAAUAGUCUUUAAAUUUCUUCCAAUCUUCUUCCACCGACUCUUCUCCCUGGUCUCGGAUUCUGCCAGUCAUUUCCACCAAUUCCAUGUAGUCCAUCACCUUCAUCUGCCAUUCUUCCAGAGUGGGUAGGUCUUGUGUCUUCCAAUACUUUGCAAUAAGUAUUCUUGCUGCUGUUGUGGCAUACAUAAAGAAAGUUCUAUCCUUCUUUGGCACCAAUUGGCCGACUAUGCCCAGGAGAAAGGCCUCUGGUUUCUUCAAGAAGGUAUAUUUAAAUACUUUUUUCAAUUCAUUAUAGAUCAUUUCCCAGAAAGCCUUAAUCCUUGGGCACAUCCACCAGAGGUGAAAGAAUGUACCUUCAGUUUCUUUACAUUUCCAACAUUUAUUAUCGGGCAAGUGAUAGAUUUUUGCAAGCUUGACUGGGGUCAUGUACCACCUGUAUAUCAUUUUCAUAAUAUUCUCUCUUAAGGCAUUGCAUGCCGUAAACUUCAUACCUGUGGUCCAUAACUGUUCCCAGUCAGCCAUCAUUAUGUUAUGUCCAAUAUCUUGUGCCCAUUUAAUCAUAGCAGAUUUCACCGUUUCAUCCUGAGUAUUCCAUUUCAACAGCAAGUUAUACAUCUUUGACAAAAUCUUAGUUUUGGGUUCUAACAGUUCUGUUUCUAAUUUUGAUUUUUCCACCUGGAAGCCGAUUUUCUUGUCCAAAUUAUAUGCCUCCAUUAUCUGAUAAUAAUGAAGCCAGUCUCGCACUUUGUUUUUUAAUUUCUCAAAACUCUGCAAUUUCAGUCUAUCUCCAUCUUGUUCCAAAAUUUCCCAAUAUUUCGGCCAUUUGACCUCCAUAUUGAGCUUUUUCAGAGCUUUCGCUUCCAUCGGUGACAGCCACCUUGGGGUUUUGUUUUCCAAUAGGUCCUUAUAUCUUAUCCAAACAUUGAACAAUGCUUUCCUGACAAUAUGGUUUUUAAAUGCUUUAUGUGCUUUAACCUUAUCAUACCACAGAUAUGCAUGCCAUCCAAAUACAUUGUUAAAACCUUCUAAAUCCAAAAUGUCUGUGUUUUCAAGAAGCAGCCAUUCUUUCAACCAGCAAAAAGCUGCUGAUUCAUAAUAAAGUUUAAGGUCUGGCAGGGCAAAUCCACCUCUUUCCUUUGCAUCUGUUAGUAUUUUAAAUUUUAUUCUAGGCUUCUUGCCCUGCCAGACAAAUCUAGAAAUAUCUCUCUGCCACUUCUUGAAACAGUCCAUUUUGUCCACAAUUUGCAAUGUUUGAAACAAAAACAACAUUCUAGGCAAUACAUUCAUUUUUAUCGCAGCAAUACGGCCCAGCAGUGAAAGCUUCAAAUUUGACCAAAUUUCUAAAUCUUUUUCACUUCAGCCCAGCAUUUUUCAUAGUUGUCUUCAAAUAAAUUCCCAUUUUUGCUGUCAUGUUAAUCCCCAGGUAUUUAACUUUCUUAACCACUGUUAAACCUGUCUCAUUCUGAAACCUCUCUCUCUCAAUUUUUUCUCUAAAACCUUGGUUUUUGACUUAUUCAGUUUAAACCCUGCAACCUGACCAAAUUCUUGAAUCAGUUCUAAAACCCUUUUGGUACUAGAUUCUGGCUCCUGUAACGUCAAUACUAAGUCAUCUGCAAAUGCUCUCAAUUUGUACUGUUUGGCUCUGACUUGUAUACCUUUAACCAACUGGUCCCUUCUUAUCAUAUUCAGCAAAACCUCCAGGACCGAUAUAAAAAGUAAUGGGGAAAUUGGGCAACCUUGUCGCGUCCCUUUUUCUAUCUUAAAUUCUUCCAUCACCACAUUAUUUACAAUUAAUUUAGCCUUUUGUUCAGAAUAUAUUGCACCUAUACCGUUUUCAAAACCUUGGCCUACCCCCAUACCCUGCAAGUUCUUCUUCAUAAAACUCCAAGAAAUAUUGUCAAAGGCUUUCUCCGCGUCCACAAAUAUUAAAACUGCUUUAGUAUUUAUAUUCACUUGUAAUUUUUCUAAAAUAUUGAUUAUGUUUCUCACAUUAUCCGAUAGAUGUCUACCUGGGAGAAAGCCUGUUUGGUCUUUAUGUAUCUCUUCUAGUAGCACUCUUUUUACUCUUUUAGCCAAAAUAUCUGCAUAAAUUUUGUAAUCCACAUUAAGCAAUGAUAUGGGGCGGUAGUUCUUAAGCUGCGUCUUUUCAGUCUCUGUUUUCGGUACAAGUGUAAUAUACGCUUCUUUCCACGACUCUGGUGCCCUUUUCCCAUCCAUUAUUUCAUUACAGACUUCUUUCAAAGGUUGUACUAGCCAUUCUUUUAAAGAUCUGUAGUAUCUGGAAGUCAGUCCGUCCGGUCCUGGAGAUUUACCUAGUUGCAUAUUCUGAAUGGCACCUUCUAUCUCCUGUUCAGUUAUUUUAUAGUUCAACAUUAGUUUAUUUUCUUGGGAGAUUUUUUGUAAUCCAUUUGUUUUCAAGAAUCGAUCUAAAUCAAUUUCUUUCUAUGGCCCUUGUGUAUAUAGUUGUUUAAAGUAUCUCUGGAAACAAUUUCUGAUUUCAGCUGGGUUCUGUAUAUUCCUUCCUUCCACUUCUAGAUUAGUAACUGUAUUUAAUUUUUGUCUUUUUUCCAUUUGCCAAGCCAACAAUUUCCCACAUUUAUUAGCCGACUCGAAUGUCUUUUGUCUCAUUUGUUUGAUUUUCCAUUCUAUCUCCUGAUUCAUCAUUUUCAUGUAUUGUACUUGAUGUAACUUUAUUUCUCUCAAAAUCUCUUGCGACUUUGGUUUUGCUCUCAAUUUCUUUUCACUUUCCUUUAUUUUCUCCAAAAUUUUAUCCUUCUUCUCAUUUUGGGUUCUCUUCUUCAAUGCAUUCUGUUGUAUCAAGAACCCUCUCAUAACAGCUUUACUUGCAUCCCAGAUUACUCUUUUAUCCACAUUGGUGUUCAUGUUUAUCUCAAAAUAAUCUCUCAAGGUUUUUUGGGCCUUCUUAAACACUUCAUCUCUAAAUAAGGUGUCAUUCAUCCUCCAUCUGAAGGAACCAGUUGGUAUUAGUUUCAUCUCCAUCUUUACAGCAUUAUGGUCGGAGCAGGUUUUUGGGCAGAUUUCCGCUUUUCUUAUCUUUGGUGCCAUUCCUCUAGUUACCCAUAUUUGGACAAUUCUUGUCCAUGUCAAUUUGGCUUCAGAGAAGAAGGUUCCCUCUCUAGCUAGGGGGUUCUUUGUUCUCCAGAUAUCAACUAAGUCCAAGUUGUCUGUCAUCUCAAAAAAAGUUUUCGGUAGUCUACCAUCCUUAGUGACUACCUGUCUUUGUGCCUUAUCCAUGUGUGUAGAUACCACUCCAUUCAUGUCUCCCAUCAAGAUCACAUUAUAAUCCAGAUAGAUAGGGCUACCGGCGUACAGCUUCUGGGUCAUGUGGCCAGCAUGACUAAGCCACUUCUGGAGAACCAGAGCAGUGCACGGAAAUGCCAUUUACCUUCCCGCCGGAGCCGUACCUAUUCAUCUACUUGCACUUUGACGUGCUUUCGAACUGCUAGGUGGGCAGGAGCAGGGACUGAGCAACGGGAGCUCACCCCAUCGUGGGGAUUCGAACCGCCGACCUUCUGAUUGGCAAGUCCUAGGCUCUGUGGUUUAACCCACAGUGCCACCUGCGUCCCUCAUUUUUAUAUGUUAAGUUUCACAAAUAUAUGCACACUUUACCCCUGUAUAUUCACUUUUGUAACACGUUACUUGGCCGAUGUUUAAAACGAUGAAUGUUGAAGAGACAAGCUUUAUUGGAAAAUUACUGCUUUCUCUAUGGCUGGGCCUCUUCCAAGGAGUUCAUGUUAAUUUGAGAUGCUGAUGGAUUACAUCAGGGGUCCCUAAAGUGGGUGGUAGUGUCUACUGGGGGAGGCUAGUGGGAUCACCUGGAAAGGUGCUAAGAGACAAGGGGUGGCAGGAUUAGGGCACUGGUGUUGCUGGAUGAAGUUCCGCAAUUUUGUGGAAUUCGUAGUAAUAAGCAGUUCUAAUCAGGUUUUGAACAAAUGUGAAAUGAAUUGCUGCUGCCUUGAAUAUCACUGUGUAAUUAUGUUGCUUAAUGGGUUGCACAAACCGCUAUUCCAAUAGAUCUAAUAUAUAAAUGUGACAAACAAAUAAAUAUUCCAAAUAAAUUAUAGGGGAGGGGAGAGGGCAAUAGGGAUGAGUUUGUGGAACCAAGGGGGUGGUCCCCAGAAAAAAAAUGGGAACCAAUGACUUAUAUAAUAACAGCUCAGUGGUGCUUUUAGGUCCAUACAUACAUACAAACAAACAAUAAUAAUAUUGCUUGGCCAGGGGUGGUCUUUUCCAACGGUGAUCGGUGGAGGCAGCUUCGCAGGUUCAGCCUCACCACCUUGAGGAAUUUCGGGAUGGGGAAACGGUCCAUCGAGGAGCGGAUCCAGGAGGAGGCUCAGUGCUUGGCAGAGGAGUUCCAUAAGACACAAGGUAGGUCAUAAAGAUUAAAGGUAAGGGUAAAGGACCCCUGACAGUUAAGUCCAGUCGCAGAUGACUCUGGGGUUGUGGUGCUCAUCUCGCUUUACAGCCCGAGGGAGCCAAUGUUUGUCCACAGAAAGUUUUUCCGGGUCAUGUGGCCAGCAUGACUAAGCCGCUUCUGGAGUAACGGAACACCGAAACCAGAGCAGCGCACAGAAACGGCGUUUACCUUCCUGCCGGAGUGGUACCUAUUUAUCUACUUGCACUUUGUGCUUUCGAACUGCUGGGUGGGCAGGGGCUGAGGCCGAGCAAUGGGAGCUCACCCCAUCGUGGGGAUUGGAACUGCUGACCUUCUGAUUGGCAAGCCCAAGAGGCUCAGUGGUUUAGACCACAGCACCACCUGCGUCCCUGAUAAAGAUUGGUUGCCUCUAAAAGACUCUGUGGCGCUUGGUCUGCACUUGAGAGGCUGGCGUAGCCAUUCUGUGCUCUUGCGAAACGCAGACUCUUUCUUGUAGCAGCUUGUAUGGCAUAUAUAUGAUACCAACAAGGAGGAAUGGCCAGACGAAGUUAGUAGAAUAUAUAGAAAUGGCUUGUUGUCUUUGUCCAUGGAGCUGGACCAUAAAGAAGGCUGAUCUCUGAAGAAUUUAUGCUUUUGAAUUCUGGUGCUGGAGGAGACUCUUGAGAGUCCCAUGGACUGCAAGAAGAUCAAACCUCUCCAUUCUGAAGGAAAUCAGCCCUGAGUGCUCCCUGGAAGGACAGAUCCCGAAGCUGAGGCUCCAAGACUUUGGCCACCUCAGGUGAAGAGAAGUCUCUCUGGAAAAGACCCUGAUGCUGGGAAAGAUGGAGGGCACAAGGAAAAGGGGACAACAGAGGAUGAGAUCUUUGGACAGUGUUCUCGAAGCUACCAGCAUGAAUUUGGCCAAACUGCGGGAGGCAGUGGAAGACAGGAGUGCCUGGCAUGCUCUGGUCCAUGGGGUCACGAAGUGUUGGACACGACUAAAUGACUAAACAACAACAUAGAAAUGGCAUGAUUGGGAAAUAAGAUAAGAAAUCAGGACACGAAAGUAUUAGAAGAAGAAUGGAAAUGUUUUGUAGAUUAACUGGAAACUCAUUGCGAACGUAUUAAAAGGUUAACAGUAAAAGAGUAAAUUCAGCAGUUAGAGAUAUUGAGAAAAAAGAAAAGAAAAAAAAGAAAGAAAUGGGGACUACAAAUUAUAAUAUGUAGUGGAAAAGAAGUUAACAAAAUAAACCGUGGAAGGAGUUGGGAGGGAAGUCAACAUGAAUUGCGUGGACCGUAUUUGUAUUUUGUAUUUGGAUUACUGUUUCAAGUGUGAAAAUGAAAAUGAAAAAUACAAACAAACAAACAAACAAACAAACAAACUCUUUCUUCCCUCCUGCUUUCUGUCUCUCUCCACUAGGGACGCCCUUUGACCCCACCUUCAUCCUCAGCCGAGCUGUCUCCAACAUCAUCUGCUCCAUCGUCUUUGGGAAUAGGUUCCAGUACGACGACGAGAAAUUCCUCACUUUGAACAACCUGAUCACAGAACGGUUCCGUGUGGGCAGCCUGCCCCCGUCUCAGGUGAGGGCGGACGGAGAACCCCCCAAUAUCUCUACACCUUGAUUAUUAUCACUAUCGUUUUUUAAAAAGCAAAGAAUAAAAAAUUCAAACCGUAAAGUGUCACAGUCUGGAAGGGCAAAAGGGCAAAGAUGCAGCCCAGUUCCAGCGGUUCUCUUUGCAAAUGAAUACUUAUUAAACAAUAAAAGUAUUCCACUCUCGUGUGUGCCAUCAUCGCCAUUAUUAUUUUUACGUUCUUUAUUUAUCAUUUUGCAUUGCAACAAUUCGAAACACUCAUGUACAGCAACAAACCAACCAUAAAUAUGUCGGAAUCUGCGUUCGACCAAGCUGAUAAAGCUCAUCUUCCGGAAUCGCCCUCCGACGUGAUUAACAACCAGAGCCUUUGAUGAGGCUCCAGGCACAUUCCCAUUCAGCAGAGAAUCAAAGCAGCACACGGAAGUGAUGAGAUUUAUGGCUACAUCGCUAUGCUUUAUUUCUUACUACGCAGACAGAAAACACAUCCUCUCUCUGUGAGAGCAGAGAGCAACUGAAACAAAGGAGCAGGAAACCAGUAACGUCUCCCAUCUCCCGUGAGACUUCCAAUAGCCUGGAAUGUCUCUGGAAUGUAAACAGAGUCUUGUGACUCUAAGCAGCUGCACAGUGGCAAACAGAAACUAACAAAAUAACAUAUGAAAACAAAAGCGAUUGUUUGCAUUUUCUGUUAAGGUCUCUUUAAGUAUUUCAGUGUCUUUCAGUAAGGUUUGGAAGGUAAGCAUUGAGUCAAAUAAGAUCUUUUAGUCAAACGGGUCCCUCCAUAGUGUCACAGAAUCAAAGAAUCUUAGAGCUGGAAGGGAUACAAGGGUCAUCUAGUCCAACCCCCUGUAAUGCAGGAAUCCCAGCUAAAGCAUCCGUGACAGGUGGCCAUCCAACUUCUGCUUUAAAACCUCCAAGAAAGGAGAGUUCACUGCCUCUCAUGAGAAUAUGUUCCACUGCUGAACAGCUCUUAGUGUCAGGAAGUUCCCCCCCGAAUGUUUAGUCAGAAUCUCCUUUCUUGUAACUUGAAGCCAUUGGUUUGAGUCCUACCCUCCAGAGCAGGAGAAAACAAGCUUGCUCCAUCUUCCAUGUGACAGCCCUUAAGAUAUUUGAAGAUGUCUCUCGUAUCUCCUCUCAGUCUUCCCUUUUCCAGGCUAAACAUACCCAGCUUCUUCAACCGUUCCUCAUCAGGCUUGGCUUCCUGACCCUUGAUCAUCUUGGUUGCCCUCCUCUACACACCUUCCAACUUGUCAACAUAAAUUGAGUUACUCUUAAUUGGACACAAUAUUCCAAGUGUGGUCUGACCAAGGCAGAAUAGAGUGGGACUAUUACUUCCCUUGAGUUGGACACUAGCCUUCUGUUGAUGCAGCCUAGAAUAGCAUUAGCAUUUUUUGCUGCUGCAUGACACUGUUGACUCAUGUUCAGCUUGUGGUCCACCAAGACCCCUAGAUACUUUCCACAUGUACUGCUAGUAAGCCAGGUGCCCCCCAUCCUUUAUUUGUGCAUCUGGUUCUUCCUGCUUAAGUGUAGAACCUUACAUUUCUCCCUAUUGAGAAUCAUUUUGUUAGCUUGCGUCCAGUUCUCCAAUCUGUUAAGGUCAUUUUUGUUUUUUAAGAGUCAAGGUUUCCAGGCAGGCGUGAGCCUCAACACUUGCCUUUUUGUGGAAUCUGAGUUUGCAAGAGGCACAACCUGAAGUUAGCCAAAUGUGGUAACGCCCUUCCAUUGCUCCCCAUCUUCUUCCCCCACAGCUGUACAAUAUUUUCCCAGAGAUCAUGGAGAAGAUCCCCGGAUCCCACCACGCGGGCAGCAAAUGUUCCCAGGGGAUCCUCCGCUUCAUAGAGGAGAGGAUCAAGAUGCAGCAGGCGUCGCUGGAUCCCUCUGACCCCCACAACUACAUUGACUGCUUCUUAGUUAAGAUGGAUCAGGUAAGGAAUGAACUUCCUCAUCUCCAUCAUCUGCUCCCCCUAAAACGUGCUGUCUGCAGGUUUCAGAGAAUUGUGGAAUUGGAAGGGACCCCAAGUGUCAUCUAGUCUGACCCCCCCUUUCAGUGCAGGCAUCAUAGCUGACCUUGAUCUCUUGGCAGGAAAAGAAUAACCCGGCUUCUGAAUUUUGCAUGGAGAAUUUGGUAAUGGCCACCUUCAACUUGUUCUUUGCUGGGACGGAGACGAUCGGCACCACCCUGAGAUAUGGAUUCCUCACCAUGCUGAAGUAUCCACAGAUUCAAGGUGAGGGCAGAAGGAGGAAACCUAUGAGAAUCAUCUGAGCUUCUACAGCUACAGACCAGGCUGUUCCCAGGGUGUGUCCAUUGUCGCAUGCUGACAGCUUCUGGGAGCCGCAGGUGAGAGAAGAGUGUUGGGUAGGGACCAGAGGCAGACAAAGUACCCCAGAAGGAGUAGGACGUGUCCCCAACCAGAGGUACUACCACUCCCCUAUCACUCCAUACGCCCAAAAGGAGGAAAAGCCUAGGGCAUCUGGUAUCCUCACCAUGCUGAAGUAUCCACAGAUUCAAGGUGAGGGCAGCAGGAGGAAACCUAUGAGAAUCAUCUGAGCUUCUACAGCUACAGGCCAAGCUGUUCCCAGGGUGUGUCCAUUGUCGCAUGCUGACAGCUUCUGGGAGCCACAGGUGAGAGAAGAGUGUUGGGUAGGGACCAGAGGUGGACAAAGUUGUUGGGAGUACCCACAGAUUCAAGGUGAGGGCAGAAGGAAGAAACCUCCCUCCAAAAAGUGAGACACAUGAAUUGCUACAGGAACAGAACAAGCUGACGAUGGAAGGCAGCAGCAUAGACCCUAAGGGCUCAUGUCCCCACAGAGGGGGCGUGUGGAUUGUUUAUAUAUUUGAGAAAGCUCAACAUCUUCACACUGGUCUGUCAUUCUGUCUUUCUGAAAAGGCCUUUACAGUGGUGCCCCGCAAGACGAAUACCUCGCAAGACGAAAAACUCGCUAGACGAAAGAGUUUUCCGUUUUUUGAGUCGUUCUGCAAGACGAAUUUCCCUAUGGGCUUGAUUCACAAGACGAAACGUCUUGCGAGUUCUUGCAAGUUUGUUUCCUUUUUCUUAAAGCCGCUAAGCCGCUAAGCCGUUAAUAGCCGCUAAGCCGCUAAGCCGCUAAUAGCCGUGCUUCGCAAGAUGAAAAAACCGCAAGACGAAGAGACUCGCGGAACGGAUUAAUUUCGUCUUGCGAGGCACCACUGUAUAGGUCUCUGCUGGGUCAAGCCAAAGGGGGCCCAUCUAGUCCAGCUUCCUCUUUUCACAGCGGCUCAGUGGGAAACCUGCAAAGAGGAUUGGAGCACAAGAGCCGGGGGCUGGACUACAUGACCCUCAGGAUCCCUUCCAACUCUACAACUCUGUGAUUCUGUGAUUUAAGCCCUCUCCCCUCCUUUGGUUCCUAGCGGCAAAAUAAUUAAAUAAAUAAAUUAUAGGCAUUUUCCACCCUCAUGGGAAGCCCCAACUAGAACUGACUGCAGUAGUCAAAAUGUGAGAUUAACAGGGCAUGUAGAUGCGUGUCCAGGCUACCCCAGUCUAGAAAUGGCCAUAACUGGACUUCCGGUUGGUCGCCCGUUAUGGCGGACGGGAGCUCUUUCAUCUGAAAGGGCACCGGUGCUUUGGAGGUUGGGGGAGACCGCUAGAGCGUCGUGGUACCCCGAAAAAAAUCUCGGAUUGAGCGUUCCGAGGACCUGGUGUUCCUGCGGGUGCCUGGAGCGACUCUCCCGCUCCCCGGUAAGCUCUUGAAAAGAGCUCCGAGAGCGAGCGGGGUUGGAGACGGGGGCACUUGGGAAUAGGCUACCCCAGUCCAGAAAUGGCCAUAACUGGAGGGCCAGUCAUGGAUGGCAAAAGGCACUCCUUGCCACUGUAGCCAGUUGGCACUCAACAUAUAAUGUCGCAUCAAGGCCUUCCCCCAAAAUUUUAAGUUGCUGUUUUUGGGUGGUGGAAACAGUCCUAUCCUGAUUGUGAACAGGUGCUCGGUCAUAGAAUCACAGAACGGCAGAGUUGGAAGGUAUCCAAAAGGUCAUUUUGUCCAGCCCUCUGUAAUGCAGGAAUCUCAGCCCAACCGCUCUCUUUUCCCCCAAGAAAAACUCCACGAGGAAAUCGAUCGAGUGAUUGGGAGGGACCGGAUGCCAGCCACUGAGGACAGGAACAAAAUGCCUUACAUGGAAGCUGUCUUGCACGAGAUCCAGAGGUUCAGCGAUAUCCUACCCAUGAGUCUUCCUCACGCUGCCACCAAAGACAUCAACUUCAAGGGCUACGUCAUCCCCAAGGUAAGAUUCGCAGCAGGCCCCUCAGCAAGGACAGAGGGACCAGGAUCCAGCCUUUGGGCCCUCAAAACAAUUGGUGUGAGACUCCUAGGAUGGGGUGGGGAAAGGAUUUGAGCUCAGUGCCCCCCACUUCCAGGUCAAGUCCGUCUAGACUCCUGGGCUCCUAAGGGGGUAUUUGGCAACUGUGAGAACAGGGUGCUGGAGCAGAAGGGUCCCCUUUGGCCUGAUCCAGCAGCCAGGGGCUUCUUAUGUGUGUUUUUUUAAUAUAUACAAAUACUAUUCUCCCAGGGGACCUACAUCUAUCCUUUGCUGAGCAGCGUUCACUAUGACUCAGAGGAGCACUCCAACCCUCAAGAGUUUGACCCAGGGAGAUUCUUGGAUAGCCAAGGCUGCUUCAAGAAGGUUGAGGCGUUCAUGCCUUUCUCAGCAGGUACGUGGGGAGGGAGGGGUCUCCUUCCAUUCCAACGGGAGGGAAGUGGGGAGUGGGGUUGGUGGGUUGUCUCUCUCCUAUGAGAUUCAUUUCUGGGCCAUCCUUCUCAGGAGGGUCAGAGAAAGGAACCUCUGUUCUGGUCCUACUUGACUUGGCUUCUCGCAGGCAUCUGGGGGCCACUGGAAGAACAGGAUGCAGGGCUGGGGGGCCUGAUCCUGCAGGGCUCUCCUGCAUUAUACCUGCCAAGGACAGCAUGGGAGAGGGGCUGGGUUGACCACUUAGCAACCUGUUGCUGCACGCCCCAUUAAAAGAAUACAUUACAAACACCCCACUCACUGCAAGAGGCCACAGAUAGUUAGAGGCCAAAGGCAUGUUGUCAGGGGUUCAGGGACAGAGGCACAGGGUAGGGAGGAGAUGGAGAGCGAUGGGGAUGAAUCCCAGGACAGCGAGGAAGAGGAUGACAAUGACUCAAGAGAUUCCAUGAGUCUUUCCAGCGAAUCAGAGGAUUCCCAGAAGGGGGCGCCAGUGGUCAAGGCCAGGGGAGCCCCAGGGGGGACGUGUCAGGAACAGGGGGCCAGCGGGGGAUCCCAAAGUGGCAGCUGGGCGUCAGGACCAGCCUCCCCGCCAGAGUGCAGCGAAGGGGGUGGAGGUUCCAGUGUAUCAGGGGAAGCAGCUCCGGCAGCAGAGAAGGGAGGGAGGUCGGAGCAAGCCAUCCUCCCGGAAGGGGAGGGGAGUAGUGAAGGGAGUAGUGUAACUGUCAAAAGGAAAGUUAGAGGUUGGGCGCGCACGCCAAGUUCAAAUGUAGAGGCGCGCGGAAGUACAGGGAGCCCGGAGGAAGGGCCAGGUCCUAAAGCCCGCAGGAGGGGGGAAGAGCAGUCGGGGGAUAGCGCGUCAGGGGAAUCCAGGAGGGGCGAAACCCCAGCGGGCAGAAAGACCCUGAGGAAAAGGAAAGAGAGAAAGAGGUGGAGCAGCGCAAGGCUCUUAAACUGGUGCAGGGGAGGGACUGACUCAGAGGGGACUUCAACGGUCUAAGCGUACAGACGUGAGGCUGCGCGCCUCGGAUAUGAAGCAAUCAAUGAACUGCAAUAAACACUUUUGUAUAUAAGAAGAGAUUGGCGUUGGUCUUUUGUGAGCUGAGACCUGAGGCAGCCUUGACACAUGUUUAAAGAGGAACAAUUAUGCCUGGCACCUAAAGAUUUAUAAUUUAUAAGCACCCCACAAACGGGGAGCCACUGCAGAAAAGGCCUGUUCCCAUGUUGCAACCUUCUGGACCUCUCAUGGAGGAGGUACUGUUUAAAUGUAUGUUAUAAUAGCAUAAGGGACGCGGGUGGUGCUGUGGUAUAAACCACUAAGCCUCUUGGGCUUGCCGAUCAGAAGAUCGGCGGUUCGAAUCCCCGCAGCAGGGUGAGCUCCCAUUGCUCAGUCCCUGCUCCUGCCAACCUAGCAGUUCAAAAGCACAACAAUGCAAGUAGAUAAACAGGUACCACUGUGGUGGGAAGGUAAACGGUGCCCCCCUUUUUUUGAAGUUUUAAUUUUUUAAAAAAUUGUACACUCUUUACAUCAGAGGAUGGUUUCUGUCACGGUGUUCCGUUGCGCCAGUAGCGGUUUAGUCCUACUGGCCACAUAACCCGGAAAGUUGUCUGUGGACAAACGCCGGCUCCCUCGGCCUGAAAGCGAGAUGAGCGCCGCAAUCCCAUAGUCGCCUUUGGCUGGACUUAACCGUACAGGGGUCCUUUACAUUUUACCUAUAAUAGCACACAAAGACACCUUGAAUCUUCUAGACCAACCUUGCAGGCAACAGCUACUUAAGACUUUCUUUUACUGCCUCUAUGCCGUAAGCUAUUGGUGUCUAUCAGUAAUUGUUCCCACUACAUCUUGCACCCACUGAGUUUUUGAUCGGCUUAAUCGGGUAGGUUUCGGCACAGCAGCCAGACAGCCCUCCAGCUAGCUCUCCUCCUCCACUGACACCUAGAUCAUGAAGAACCUUGCACGUUGCUGCGCAAUGGGGCCUGCAGGCCCAGAGGGGGUUUCCUUGCCCUCAGCGCCAUUUAUGUCUGCUUGGGAGGAGUCCAGAGGGAGAGGACUAGAGAGGGAAGGAGGGGCCAGACACCAAUUGCAGCAACAUCUUCAACUAGGGCAGAUUAGCCCAGAUGAACUCUGUUAUAUUUUUGCUGUUGCGAAUAAAAGCUGACUGCACUUCGCGUCUCGAUUCCUCUUCCUGUCCCUUGACACUGCCCGACAGAUUUUGUUUUUUUCUCCUGGCAGGGAAGCGUAUCUGCAUGGGCGAAGGGUUGGCCCGCAUGGAGCUGUUCCUCUUCUUCACCACCAUCCUGCAAUCCUUCACCCUCCAGUCCCCUGUGCCCCCCAGCCAGAUCAGCCUCGCACCGGUGGCCGUGGGCGUUGGGAAGGUGCCCCCAAAAUACCAGCUGUCAGCGUGCUGGCGCCAACACUGAUCUCUCCCUUCCUGUGUUGCGGCGCAAGGAGAUCUCAGUUUCUCUCUCAGUACCUCUGCACUCCUGAGAGAUUGGCCAUGUAGGACAGUCCUCUAUUUGAAGGCCUGCCCAUGCAAGGAAGAGCAGCACCAUCAGAAGAAAGGAAGACAGCAGAAGCCUUGAGGUCACCCCUUUUGGGCAGCAGGCAGAACAAGCACCCAACUCACCUGGCCACAGUCCCCUUCCCUGCUAGGAUGAGAUGGGCUGCAUUUCUGUUUAAAUCAAUGGUUGCCAAGCUUUUCUGGAGGACCUCCCCCUUGGCUCCAUGAACUCAUCCCCUUCCCUGUCAUUAGAAUAUUGGUUUGCACAAAGCCACUUCCGACCUUGGGAGGAGGUGGUGUUGCGGGCUUCACGCUCGCAGUGGCUGGCUUGCAGCCCCGCGUGAUCUGGGGAAUCCUCGGGCCGCGUCAUCCCCUGAGCCAGCCAAUCGGCUGGCUCGGAGGGUGUGGCUUGCCCCAUUUAAGGCAAGAGCGGCCCGGGGAUCGCCCUCUUUCAGACCACUCAGCUGAUUGGUUUUCCCAACUGCCCGCCCUUCAAGGUUUCCUUCUGACCUUGCUAUGGACCUUGGUUGGUCGCCGUUAAGGGGCCUGGUAGGAAUUUUUUCCACUUGGCAAACUGGCACUGGCCAUUUGGUUUUUCGCCUACCUUGUAGCAAAUCGUCACAACUUCCCUGGUUUAGGCAUUGGUAGGGGUAUUGUUAUGCAGAUGAGUUGGGGGGAGCGCCAUCACCUCCCCCAAAUAUUGAAGGGUAGUCUGGUAAAGGAUUCUGGGGGGCGUUGCCUCGUCCGAAGCCUAUGGAGGUCAGUGCCUAAAGUGCGCCCCAAGCCGUGACCCCGGGGGAGUUACCUAGUUGAUGUGCAUCAGCAGGGCUCCCCCUGCUGGUGUUAACCCUUGCCAGUCUUCAUGCCAUCAGGCUGAAGCCAGAUAGAAUGACAGAACCAAUGCCUAAGCCAAUACCGCUCUUACCUGUAACCAAUAAAGUUGUGG